UGUCAGUCGUCGUCAACGAACAAGUGAUGGGUGUCUUUUGUUCGCUUGCGUUCUGCACUUGCCUUAGUUCGCACGACAGUUGUCGCAAUGACAACACGCUAAGUGACCGGUAAAAUGCUCCACGAAAAAAUACCAGUUCGAUAUCGAAAACCAACGUGAAUUAAUUGGCAAAUAUUAUUCAUACACACUGCAGAGUUUGGAAUAUGAAACCUUAUUUAGUUGAAGUGAAUUCUUAGCAAUACGGUUAUAAAGCACAUCAUCAUCGGCUUGUAUCAUCGAAUAUUCGUCAUACAGACAGGAACUUGUGGCUUUACGUCAAACUAAAAAAUAUAUGUAUAUCCACUAAGCAAAUACCUCUUCACACCCCUUGACGAUUUCCCAUAUAAACAAAAAUAAAAAAAUUAAAAAUAAUGAAGUAAUGUUCAAUGUACUCGACCACCAGCUAUCAUACGGCUCGCUGAUUAUAAUAAACGAUCUAAAAUUUCAACAAAGAAAGCUACUAUCGCGAUUUGACGGACAGACGUGCAGAUAUUUUACCAUGUUGCAACGCAAGCAUCUGUACCCGCAUUUCAGCUUUAAUAGUAAUUUGAUAUUCUCUUAAGACAUUAAACUUUUACGGGUGUGUACAAAAAAAAAACAUAAAUAAAAAUAAUAAAAACAAAAAAUUAUAGAAGCUACAGAAGAUUUUGAACGCUUCGAAGCCUUUCGCCGUCAUACCUUUAUUCACAAUUUUUUGCCAUGAAACUUCUUCUAAAGGUCAAUUCGGAAAAAACGCGUCAACGGCUCCAGCAUUGCUCUAAUAAUCCUGUUACCGAUUCUCCUUUGAAAUUAAAUAAUAAGAGAAUCAACCAGAGUCGUAACACAUCAAACUCGGUUUCACAGAAAGUAACUACAACAUCCAAACUCCUGCUAGUUCUCAUUAGCCUGGUUCUAAUUGUAGCUGGUGUCAUUGUCUACGUCGAAUUGACACGAAAGCCUCCCGAGACGCCGCGGGGUCCCAUUUACUUCAGCAACAACUAUGAGCACGAUACAUUUCCGAAUCUAGGAAACGGACACUUGGUGAUCGAUCGGAUGCAGUGGGGCGCAUCCGACUUGGUGGCCAACAAGCUGAGUGUGCCGCUUAAACAUCCCAUACCAUAUGUAUUGAUUACCCACAUUGGAGUUCAGUCGGUGCCCUGUUACAAUAUUUACAAAUGUUCGAUAAAAAUGCGCACAAUUCAAGACUCAGCUAUUGCCGAAAAAGGUCUAGUUGACAUUCAAUCAAAUUUUUAUGUGGGCUCCGAUGGCUAUGUCUAUGUUGGCCGCGGCUGGAACUGGGCCAAUACCUAUGCGAACAGCUCGCUGGCAAUAACAUUUAUGGGUGAUUACGGUCGCUACGAGCCAAACGAGAAACAAUUGGAGGCAACGCAGUAUUUGUUGGCUCAUGGCUUGACCAAUAAAUUCAUUGACUUGAAUUACAAAUUAGUGGCCCAAAAUCAGACAAAAUCGUCGAAAAGUCCGGGAGCCAAUGUUUACCGCAUCAUCAAGAAAUGGCCCCACUUUUACCCCUGUGGUAUGGAUGAUAAUCCGCCAUGUGGUAGUGAACUGGGCUUGCCCUAUCCCUGGAAUGCAAAUAUGUAAAUAAUCCACUUUAGAAAUCCAAAUUACAUCCUUGAUAGUUGUAAUAAUUAGUUCUAGGAGUUGACGUCAUGUGAUUAUAUUCUCUUUUAUAGUUUUAAGCAACAAACAACAAUAAAAACAUUACAUCCAAAAAGUAAA